AUGAAUUGGGUUCGCGGAGAGUUGCUGGGGAGUGGAAGCUUUGCCACCGUAAACUUAGUGAUACCCACAAAAGGAUCCACGAUAUUUGAUUCUUCCACCGCCGUCAAAUCCUCCGACGUUCAUACCUCGUAUAUGCUAAAGAACGAGAAACAAGUACUCGAUCGCCUAGGAUUUUGUCCCCACAUCAUCAACUGUUUUGGUCACGACCAAACCAUCGAAAACGGCAAAGAGUACUACAAUAUUUUUCUCGAAUACGCCGCAGGUGGUUCUCUCGCUGAUCAGCUCAAGAAACACGGUGGACACAUCCCGGAACCUCUCGUUCGGCGAUACACGAGGUCCGUCGUCGAAGGUCUCAAGCAUGUUCACUCCAAGGGUUUCGUCCACUGCGAUGUGAAGCUUCAAAAUGUUCUCGUUUUGGACAAUGGCGAUGUUAAGAUCGCGGACUUUGGGCUGGCGAAGGAGACAGGGGAGAAACAGGGGAAGUGGGAGUGCAGGGGAACGCCAUUGUUCAUGUCGCCAGAAUCAGUGAACGACAACGAGUACGAGUCGUCGGCGGAUAUAUGGGCCCUUGGUUGCGCCGUGGUGGAGAUGGUAACCGGAAAACCCGCGUGGAAAGUGGGUAACGGGUCGAAUAUACUGUCGUUGUUGAUCCGAAUUGGAAUGUGUGAUGAAUUCCCAAAUAUUCCCGAGGAACUCUCACAAGAAGGGAAAGAUUUUCUUGGGAAGUGUUUCGUUAAAGAUCCUAAGAAGAGGUGGAGCGCUGAAAUGCUUCUGAAUCACCCUUUCAUCGCCGAUCACACUGUUCCAUUGGACCAAGUCAAUGAGUCGUUGCCUUCGCCGUCUCCGAGAACCCACUUUGAUUUCCCGCACUGGGCUUCCGCUGUUACAGUUUCGCCGGAUUCCGGCGAGAGGCAUGCAUGGGACUCGCCGGAAGACCGGCUCCGGCGGCUGGUAACGGAUAAGAGGGCGAUGGACUGGUCACAAUCGGAUAGCUGGAUCAAUGUUGGAGUUCAGAUCGGAGAAACUUGCGGGUCAGACAACAAAUGUGAUGCUGGUCUCAGCUGCCAGACAUGUCCUGCAAAUGGGAAUACCCGACCCAGAUGUUCCCGGAUACAACCUUCGAAACCCACCUCCAAAGUCAAUGGUUUACCGUUUAAUCACUAUUCAUGGCUUACGACCCAUAACUCUUACGCUCUGGCCGGAGCGAGAUCGGCAACCGGGUCUUUCAUUGUAGCCCCAAUGAACCAGGAAGACACAGUUGCUGAUCAACUCAAAAACGGCGUUCGAGGAUUUAUGUUGGACAUGUAUGAUUUCUUAAACGACAUAUGGUUGUGUCACUCCGCUGAAGGCAGAUGUUACAACUUCACUGCAUUCCAACCUGCCAUAAAUGUGCUUAAAGACAUUGGAUCAUUUCUUGAUGCAAAUCCAUCUGAAAUAAUCACCAUCUUCAUCGAGGACUAUGUCUCGUCUUCUCAGGGCCUAACUAAGCUCUUCCAAGCUUCAGGCCUCAGCAAGUACAUGUUCCCACUCUCUCGCAUGCCCAAGAACGGUGAAGAUUGGCCAACUGUCGAUGACAUGGUCCAGAAGAAUCAGCGCCUCAUCGUUUUCACUUCCAAAUCAUCUAAAGAAGCUUCUGAAGGCAUUGCUUACCAGUGGACAUAUGUUGUAGAAAACCAAUACGGAGAUGAUGGAAUGAAAGCUGGUUCUUGUCCAAACCGUGCAGAAUCACCAACAAUGAAUACAAAGUCUAGGUCACUGGUUCUGGUAAACUAUUUUCAUUCUGCUCCAAAUCGCUCUCAGGCAUGCGCUGACAAUUCCGCUCCACUAAUUAGCAUGAUGAAGACUUGCCAUGAAGCUGCCGGUAACCGUUGGCCAAAUUUCAUUGCUGUUGAUUAUUACCAGAGGAGUGAUGGCGGAGGAGCACCGGAAGCGGUUGAUGAAGCAAACGGUCACCUCACUUGCGGGUGUGACAGCAUUGCGUUUUGUAAGGCAGACGCUAAGUUUGGCACAUGCGAUGUUCCUCCUAUUUCUCCACCUCCACCUGCUGCAGAAACUGCCCCAAAUGGAAACCAGCAGUCCCAAAAUAGUAUUCAUGCAAACAGUGCUCAUUUUGAUAGAACAGCCAAGUUUAUGCAAUCGGUUGUGGUAAUUUUGGCUACGAUAACUUCCUUGGACGGUCAUAGAAUGUCAUUAUUUCGGCAGGGAUUCUAGUUUUGUGAAAAAUAUGUAUGUAUGUAUGUUGUAAACAUUGAGUUUAGAGCCAAUUUGAUUCCGAGUAUUGUAAGGAAUCCGAGUCUUUUUCCACCACACAACAGCAAUCUAUGGCUGUAUUGUGAGUCGUGACUUGAUUUGUUUGAUCGAUGGUUGUCAAAUUCUUGUCACAUGAAAAACUCCUUUCUACUAACUUCUGUUGGAUGUGUAGCUGUUUCUUUUAAAUGCAGUUCCAUUUAAUGCUUUUAAAUCUCCAAAUGAACAUCCAAAU